AACAACUUCGACUUCGUAUUAACUGCGAGGGAUUAAAGCGAUGCCAGCAUACAAAAGGCGUAACAACAACUUAGUCGAAUAACAACAAGAACAGCAACAAAAGCAAYGACAACACGGAAAUAAUAAGUGGCGUGAUUGUAGCGCGCCAAAAAGCAGGCGAUACAACGCAACAUAGAACAACAAAAGCAAAAACAACAACAGACAGCGCAUCGCCUCUGCAGCAGUUUGUGGCAGGCACGUUGUUGCUGCUUGCUGUCGUUGGCUUGCCGCUGCCGACAAGCUGUAUGCAUUCCCCAUUUUGGCAAAGUGUUAAAGGUGCAACUUGCCGAAAGGGUUCAAAAAAAUCAAUGAAUGGACCAGCGGUGUCAAUAAACAGGAGCAGCAGAACAAAGGMGCAUAAAUAUAACGAAAUAAUUAUACCAAAAACAAAGCAGAUCACUCAGCAACAACAAUAACAGCGACCUAAAAAAGUACAAAAUAAAAGCAAAAAGACACAAAGCCAAAAUAAGAAGAGAAGAGUACCAUAUAUCUGCUUGUUUUAAAAUGAAGAUAAAAUAAAAAAUAAAAAGAAAGAAGCUUUAAAAAACAAUAACAACUAAAGCAAAGGCAGAAGCAGACUAAAAAAGUCUGGAAGCAUAACAAAAACUGCAACAGUAAUUGCUGAUAUACUUGCAACACAACCAAAUUACUAUAGCAACAAGCAACAACAGCAAUAAAAAUCAGCAAUAACAACUUUUACAAGUACCUACACACGCAUAUACUAUAUAUAUACACUGAAGGCCCUACUAGCGCAGGCAGCAGCAACAUGGAGAACAUGUCAUCAUCAAUUGAACCGGUGCCGGUGGUGCCGCGCACCGCCAAUUUGCUGGCGUGCAAACAAUGGUGGCGCGUCUGCUUCUUAUAUGGCGACCAGCAGAAGUACUACCGUCAAGUCUACAGCAAAGCGGCUGCGCAACGGCUGGCGCUCUCCACUGGCGGCACGCUAACAGCCACCGGCUUUCCACCAGACAACAACAGCGGCAACGACAACGAUAAUGACAACGAAAAUGAGACGCACAGUGGCAAGGAUAGCGGCUGCAGUGGUAGCAUGCAGACCGCUGACUAUGAUACGGUGGCUGGUGAUUUUAUCGAAACGCAAUUAGACGACGSAGAUGCUAACGAAAUACUAGCAACAACAGCAACAUCAAUUACAGCUACAACAUUGGCAGAUGCGAUCAACAGCACCGAUAUGGUUAAAAACCAUAAUCAGGAGUUGAACAAACUGACAGCGAAGCGGAAGAAGAAGCAGAAGGCUAAAGAAGGUGACGAGCAAGCGCCACCAGUGCCACUCUUUCCUUCCAAAUAUCAGACCAUGAAUGUCACUGCGACCGAGACGCCGGCCACGAAUGCGCUGUUCAACACAACGAGUCGCGGCAAAAAGUUGCUGCGCUCGCUGCGUGUGCACGUCGGCAAGGGUGGUGAUAAGUCGGCAAAGGCGCGGCAUAAAGCGGCGCUCAACUCGCCCGAGCAGCCUGAGAGUGAGGCUACCAAAGGUAAUGCCAAAGUCACUGUGCUGGAUGAUCCGUUCCUUUUCGGCAUUGACGCUGAUCAUUUGGGUGAUUUGGUGCGCAGCAAGCAAUAUGCGCCCAAUACCACCGAGCAUAUUUCCCAAUAUUAUAAUACCUAUCUGGAACAAGAGCAGCUGGCGUUGGAUGCGCAAUUGGAUUUCGGUCAACAUUUGUCUAYAGCUUCUUCAACACCCGUGCAAUACGGCUCCAUGCCGCAGCCACCAGAUGCAGAGCCAAAACCCGCGUUGCCACCUAAAAAGAAGAAGCAGAGUAAUUACGAAUCUCUCAACGGUUUAAUGAGUGGUGGUCUCGUCGAUGGUGGCUCUUCAGAGCUGCAGCUAAAUGAGAGCGAUUUACAGUUUUUAAAUUUGAAUAUGCGCAAUCGCAGUUUGCCGCGCAGCAUGAARCCGUUCAAGGAUGUGCCGACCGAUAUUAGUUUCACAUUCACUGAGGCGGAUGGUGAUGCUUCGGCGCCACCACGUCCAGCGCCGCUUCAAAAGAGCGCCACCUGCGAGCGCGAUAUGAAUUURGGCGCGCUUCUGAAAAGAGAGCAGUGUGAUGAGUAA